AGUUGGCCGGGCAAAGCGAGACGCCCAGACGCGGAGCCACACGGAGCCGCGUUUUUGGAGGACGCUGAACUCUGGAUUUGCCGGCCAGAGGAUUUUUCGUUUUUGUUUUUAUUAACGUAGCUAUGCCGGGGAAGGGAGCUCGGUAAGCGGGGCUUAAGGCCGCCUAGCUCCGCUCUCUCCUUGCUCCUGGAUCGCAACUGGGGACUUACCUGGCCGCGUCGGCGACGAUGAUCCCACAACGCAGUGAAGUCGCUUGGAGUCCGGCAGGCAAGGACAAGGAAUCCUUUGAACUGCUGUACAAGCGAGGCAAUUUGCUUGGCAAAGGUGGCUUUGGAACCGUGUAUGCUGGGUACCGAGUUACAGAUGGACUGCAGGUUGCAAUCAAACACAUUGCCAAGAGCAAGAUUACCGAGCGGGCUGAGUUGCCCAAUGGGACUGUGGCUCCUCUGGAGGUAACACUGAUGAAACUUGUCGGGUCAGGAUCUGGGCACCGUGGUGUGAUUCGCCUCUUGGACUGGUAUGAAACUCCCGAAAGCUGCUUCCUGGUCCUGGAGCGCCUUGAGCAUUGCCAAGAUCUCUUUGAUUAUGUCACAGAGCAGGGACCACUCUCAGAGAAGCUUUGCCGACACUUUUUCCAGCAAGUGGUUGAAGCAGUAUGCCACUGCCAUGCCCAGGGGGUGGUCCAUCGGGACAUCAAAGAUGAGAACAUCCUGGUGGAUGUGCGCUCUGGCAACCUCAAGCUCAUCGACUUUGGGUCUGGAGCCUUGCUGAGGGAUUCAGUCUACACAGAUUUUGAUGGGACCCGUGUGUACAGUCCACCAGAAUGGGUGGAAUUCCAGCAGUACCAUGCUCUCCCAGCAACUGUCUGGUCCUUGGGAAUACUGCUGUAUGACAUGGCAUGUGGGGACAUCCCAUUUGAACGAGAUGAGGAAAUCCUGGCUGCCAAUGUGCAGUUCCGUACUCCUGUCUCUCCUGACCUCAAAGACCUUAUCCAGUGGUGUUUGUCUCCAGAACCUUCCGAACGACCCACAUUGGAGCAAGUGCUUUUGCACCCUUGGCUAAAACGUGAUCCCCACCUUCAUCUUGAAGAAAUGCAGGGCUCAACAUCGCCCAGGGCUACCGUCUGCAACAGCAGUGGUUGAAAGACUAAACCUUGUUUCCUGGCCGUGCCUUUCCCCUCUAAGAUGGGGCAGUGGUCCAAGUGGUAGCCACCGGAACUCAAACAACCGGAUUCAGUUACUGGUUGAGAAAGUGUAACCUGGUUCUACAGGCUUGGCUUUUUUGUUUUUGUUUUUAAGCAGCUGAAUCAUGUGAGGGAACUUGAGCUGGGAGAAGCAAAUUCAUUGACUCAAGCUUAAUCUCCUCUCAGCUCCCCAGAAGAUGUUUCAAUUCUGGCUUUGACCAGGAGAGGACAUCUCAAUAUGUGUAAAUACUUGGGUAUUAUUAUUUACAAGGACUCCUGCACAUUUUUGGAGAAGAGACUUCUCGGGUGGAUUUCUGCUACCCAUCCUUUCCAAACUCUUUUCAAGGCUUCUGGCCAAAGGAGAACCGGAAUGGGGUGGAGGUGGUAUCUGGUUUACAUGUACGGGUGCGUAACUUUGGCUUAUCGAUAUGUGUGUCUUUUUUUAAAAAAAUGUAUUUAAAGAAGACAUUGUGCAAAGACUUGGUCCUUAAUGUCAAAAUCUGAGUGGAAUUCUAUUUAAUAAAAUAGAAUUGAAUC